AUGGCUGCCGAAGACGAUCUGUCGGAGAGCCGCAUGACCGACAUCGUUCGGGCCCUGGAGCUGAUCCAUAAUCCGUCAUCUACAAAUGAGUUGCGCAGAGAAGCCUUGACCUUUGUCGAGUCGCAAAAGGAAAGCAAAUCAGCGGCGCGCGAUGGGUUUCUCUUGGCUUCCCGUGCGGAUAGCAAUCCCCUGGUCCGGUAUUUCGGCCUGACCCUGUUGGAUCAUGUCCUGCGCCACACCUCAUUCACGGCCCCCGAACAGGUCGCUGGCUUGCGAGACUUGGUCUUGAAGCUCGCGGAGGGCGUUCGGCCAGAGGAUCCGCCGUAUCUCCGCAACAAAAUCCCGCAGUUAUGGGCGGAAAUCGCCAAGCGCAGCUGGGGGUUGGACUGGGUCGCUAUGGACGAAACUCUCGUCCAGUUCUGGGGUGCCAGUCUCGUGCAUAAAGAGCUAGUCCUAUCCAUUCUCGAGACCUUGUCGGAAGAUAUUUUCUAUCGGGAGGAUACUGUCUCCUCCUUGCGCGGGACAGAUCUGAACCGGUCCCUGGUCGAAAUCUUCACGCCGUUGUCCGUCUUCGAGGAGGUGUAUCCCAAGAGAGAACAUCAUAUAGAACUUCGCUGUGGACCGGAAGGCUGGCUGUCCCGGAUCUGCUCAUUCCUUGAAUACUGCAUCGACAACCUGCAAAGCUCAAAACAGGCGAAAGAUGCCGCUUUGAAGGCACUUGGGGCUCUUAAAUCGGUCUUGAUCUGGUCUAUCCCCAAAGCCAUCCUGUCUGCAAACUGUGUGCCCAGUAUUGCUAGAGCUCUCACUUGUCAGGAUGAGCAGGUGUUGUUGGCCGCUGUCGAAGCCUUACAUUCGUUGUACAGUCGAUCUAACUUCGACGUGGAGGGUUUCCAAACGCUGGUGCACAUGAUGUACCAGACAGAUUAUCUGAACCUUCUGCAAAAGCUGUAUGAAUGGUCCGUCGUGGGGCCUGAUGACAUUGAUGAUACGAAGUAUAUGGUCUCGAAAAAGCUGUCUGAGAUGGUGUCUUAUGUUGCUGGCUUCCUCGAGGAGAAGAAUUUCUCUUUAGACGAUAACCACGGUCUGAAUCUCCCAUUCUUCUUCCACCUCAUGAUCAACGUAAUACAGCAUCAGAGCCUCACCGUGUCGAUACCCGUUCUGCACGUAUGGUCAAAGCUGUUAGCGUCUGAAAGGAUCGGCAAUACAGACCUAGUCACUAGCCUAGUCCCUGCGCUGCUUGGCAUUUGCACUCAGCGGCUGGUCCGCUGGGAAGCUCUUCCUUCCGACUCUGACGACCCAACUGUUGUGUUCCUGCUUGAAGACAUCGAUACAGUCCCAGAAAGACAUGCCUUUGUGGGCAACUACCGCCGGUACUGCUCGUCCAUCAUCGAGACGAUUGUUUUGAAGCGACCACAAGAAGCAAUCCCCCAUAUACUGUCAGAGAUUGACGCAAAGCUCGACAACCUUUACACCGGUGCUCAACCGUUCAGCGCGCAAUCCUUCUCAAAGAGCUCAAUCCCGUUGAUGCGCGCUGAUACCCAGUUCGCAGUGGUGGACGCGACUCUGAAAGGAUAUAACAAAUGGGUCUCGGCACACGGCCGCUCGCCCCAGCAAGACGAGCACAAACGUGGAGAAUUAGAAAACAUCCUCGAAACAUGGGCCUUCAAGUUAAUGCAGAGGCAGUUUGAAGAUCCUGUUUUGAAGCAGCGGGUCGUCAAACUCAUUGUGGACAUCUCAUCCAAAGCUCUCGACAAAAAUCCCAGCUUUGCGUUGAAAGUCUUGGAGUACAUCCUCAUGACGCGUCUGCCCGACCAGCCAGAGUACCCUGCCUAUUCCGAGGCAGUCAAAGAACUUCACGGCUUGGCCAGCCAUGAACUUCGUCGUUUGGCAAUGCGCUACGCCGAUUAUUUCUCGACUUUCUAUGAUCUGCUUGAACCAAAAAUCAGGGAGAUCAGCCAAGCCAAUCGGGUCGAUGACAAGCUUCACAUGGAACUCACCUCGAUUCUCCUCAUCAUAAUGCAACGAGCGAGUAACGUAGACCCGUAUCAGCGUCAAUCUCGCCUUGCUUCUUUUGUGGAGCCGAUAAGACAGGCUUGGCAAGAUGAUGAAUUCCGCCAAAUGUGUUCGACCUUCGAGGGCUUUUGUUCCAUGCUCGGUUUGCAAGACGUGGGACCAUACAUGCAGUCGCGACAGGCGCACAAGCUGGAGGACUGGUCAUCGGUCCCCCUCGACAAUGAGGGUAAGGUGAUUCAGGAGGAUAUGACGCGGAAGUUCCAGCAGCUCCCCUUGCGAGGCACCAAAACCAUGUUUGCCGUCUCUACUGAGAGGUUGAAGAAGAACGAGGCACCGUACGAGAUUGCCUGCAACAUCUGGCACGAAAUCAUCCCCGUGAUUCUGCCGACUCUAUUGCAGCUGGUUAGCAAUGCUCACGCAUUCCACAAUCCCGCCAACUGGAGUGGCAUGUCCGAGGAGAUGCGGUCAGUUGUAGAACGCAUCCUGACGGACAGAUUCUGGCAAGCGGGUAUCUCAACUGGCAGCCGAGAUGAAUUCUAUUCUAAAAUCACGUCUUCCCGUUCAUCCCUUGAAGGCUUUGCUUCGUCAGUCAGGGGAAAGAUCAGAGCCGUUCGGGAGUCUUGCUACUCGAUGUUGUUCAGCAUGAGUCGGCUGAGAGAGCAUUUCUAUGGAUUUGCUGAACUCCCAGGUCCUUUGUCCCAGGCUCUGUUUAAGGACUCCGCCCAUCUUUCCUCUCAUCAAUUUUCCGUUCUCCUCAAUAUCUCGAGGUGCCUCAUUGAUGACUGUCCUGUCCAGUUUCGAGCUCAAUUCUUGCCUCCGAUGUUGUCUACUCUGUUCUCCAACAUCGACCGCAAGGUCACGUCAGAAUGGGAAAUCAUCGAGCAACGCAGGGAAGGCCUGGCCGAUGGAGACCUGACUGAUGAGAUGAAGUCGGAGAGUAUCCUUCGACAGCUAACGUACUCUGCGGUGAUCAUGGUCGCCAGUCUGCUAGACCCGCAGAGAGGGGACCCCGACGAAGAGCCAGCUGACCCAAGCGCUCCACAACACCCGCCUGCUCUAUCCGUCUCGAUCCGUCAUUUUGUUCUUUCGUCACCGGAAAUUUUCGAGCCGCUCAUGUUGUUCUGCACCCACGCGCUGCGCAUGCGCGAUACCCGAUGCUGCAGCAUCAUCACCCGAGUUAUCCGCUCCAUUCUGCAAGAUUUCGCCCCUCCUAACAAUUCCCCCACCACGGUGACGAUCCGCGAGUUCAUCUCCUCCGAGGUUCUCAAGGCCUGUAUCACCUCUGUUCAUGAACCCUACUUUGUCGACAUGCAAAAAGAUCUGGCGCAGCUUAUCGCGUCCAUCUGGGUCCUCUAUGGAUCUAGCCCUACGCCGCGCGCGCUGAUUCUCAGCCUGCCUGGUAUGGACGAGCAGCGAGUCGCCAGUACAGAGGCGGCUCUCCUUCGGUCUACGGCAGCACGCCAACAGCGUGCCCUGGUAUUGGACCUUUUGGAAGGUCUUCGAGGCGUCAGUAUCGCCGAGCAGGGCAAGAUCCUAGGCACGCGGGAGGAGCGACGCAAGGCACGCAGUGCCCUGCAAGAGCGAUAUAUGAGCACCGAAAUGGAAGCUCAGCAGAACAAGGUUGAUAUAAACGAUGGGCCGGACCUAUCUGGAGUAGCAGACAUGUUCGGCUAG